GCAAAGGAGCUACUCUUGUCCUCCUCCUCCUCCUCCUCCUCCGCCUCCUCUCUCCUGCUCUCUCCCUCGGUCUCCCCUCAUUCCAUUCAGAGAACUCUCCCUCACUGGGACGUCCCACCGAGGAGCCCUGUCCUGUAUGUUGCUCGGGCUGAGAAGAAAAGCCAUCUGCUUGGGACUCUCAUGCGUGGAGCCAGUGCUGUUACAGUGUCCAGACACAGUGAUGAGGCUUCUCUGGACUUGACUUCUGACUUUGUCCUGGAUUUGCUAUCGAGCUCAACUCACAUCCGCUUCUAGGAGGCUCUGAGCGCUUCUCCUCCAGCUUUGGACCCAGUCGCCCAGGUGUGAAGAACAUUGGGCAUGGGUUCGGACGUCCGUGACCUCAACACCCUCUUGUCCCCGGUCCCGGCUCUGCCGGCAGGGAACGGGAACUGCUCGCUGCCUGUCAGCAGCGCCCCUCAGUGGGCACCUGUGCUGGACUUCCAUGCCGGUGCCCCCUACAGCCACUCCUUCAUCAAGCAGGAGCCUAGCUGGGGCUCGGCGGACCCCCACGAGGACCCUCACUGCGGCCUCAGCGCCUUCACCGUCCACUUCUCCGGCCAGUUCACCGGCACCGGGGCCUGCAGGUACGGGGCCUUCGGGGCCCCAGCACCAAGCCAGCCACCGGCCAGCCAGCCCAGGAUGUUCGGCAACAGCCCCUACCUGUCCAACUGCAUGGACAGCCAGGCCAGCUCCAGAAACCAGGGUUACGGCGCGGUUGCUUUUGACGGAGCCACCAACUAUGGACACACGCCGUCCCACCACGCCUCCCAGUACCCCAACCACCCCUUCAAACAUGAAGACCCAAUCCCACAGCAAAGCAACAUGGGUGAGCAGCAGUAUCCCGUUCCUCCACCUGUUUACGGUUGCCACACGCCAUCGGACAGCUGUACGGGGAGCCAAGCACUGCUGCUGAGAAACCCUUACAACAGCAGUGACAAUUUAUACCAAAUGGCAUCCCAGUUGGAGUGCAUGGCAUGGAACCCUGUCAACACACUGGCGUCCAGCAUUAAGAGUCAUACAGGAGGUUAUGAGAAUGACCCCAGCACGCCCAUGUUGUACAGCUGCAGCACCCAGUACCGCAUCCACACCCAUGGAGUCUUCAGAGGCAUCCAGGAUGUGAGAAGGGUACCAGGCAUCGCUCCUGCCAUUGUGCGUUCUGAAACCAACGAGAAGCGACCUUUCAUGUGCGCCUAUCCAGGCUGCAACAAGCGCUACUUCAAACUUUCCCACUUACAGAUGCACAGCCGAAAGCAUACAGGUGAGAAGCCCUACCAGUGUGACUUCACAGACUGUGGCCGACGGUUCUCACGGUCAGACCAGCUGAAGAGGCAUCAGAGGAGACACACAGGUGUUAAACCUUUCCAGUGUGAGACAUGUCAGAGAAAGUUCUCACGGUCAGACCAUCUUAAGACCCACACCCGGACUCAUACAGGUAAAACAAGUGAGAAGCCCUUUAAUUGCAGGUGGCCAAACUGUCAAAAGAAGUUUGCCAGAUCUGACGAACUCGUCCGGCACCACAACAUGCACCAGAGGAACCUGACCAAGCUACAGCUGGCCAUUUGAAGACCCUGACCAAGCUUCGGCGAGGACCUGCAGAUUCUGCUGUCACAUGUCAAACUGCAGCCCUAGAGGGGCCUGGUUCUGCUCGGUUUAGCGUUCCUCUGCUCUAACACAGCUAAUUUAACAUGUCCUUGAUGAGUAACCAAGAAAACACGAAAACAAAACCCACUAAACCGCA